GGCAGCAGUGAGUGUGUGAAUGCGAGAGUCUGAUCGCAGCCUCGCCGCCGUCCGCCGCUCACUCGCACGGGCGCGGAUAAAGGCUCGCGCUCGGGGGAAUAAUCAUGUUUUCGUCACUGUGGCCUUUUGGUUUUGGUUUAUAUCUUUUGAUCUCGCCGCCGCUGACGCUGUCUCCGCGCGCGCGCCACGCUCCCAGCAGUGACCAGUCCUGGCUCUCUGUCCUCUAACUUCAAGCCACUCGCACUUCUGUUUCAGCCAGUCACAGAUUCUACUCAGUAAUAGAGGCAAACACAGACGUGUGGAAUAGUCUUUCUCAGCCAUGUUCAAAACAUGGCUAGUAGUAGAAAUGAUAAACAGUUUUUAAAACAUGGCCUGGACGUGCUAUAAUUUAGCCCAGCCUAUCUGUUGCCAUGGUUACAUGUGUAUUAAUUUAUUCUAUCAUUAGAGCCAGUUAAAGCUUUGCAACACAAUGCCUGCUUGUUUCCUCAUAAGCACUGGAACCUAAACACUCAACAGGAACUCAAAAUAAGUGACACUUAUUUUUUUGCUGCAUUUUUUAAUUAAGUGUACUUGAUUGGAACCUACAAAGUUAGUCUUGAAGAAAUCAGAGCUCUUUAACCAGGGAGAUUCCUACACUCUAUCAAGAUGAUGUGCGAAGUGAUGCCCACCAUCUCCGAGGAUGGUCGUGGAGGGGGUGUGGCCGGGAGUGGGACAGGGGGCGGGUCCGAGGGCGGUGGACUAGAGUGCGUAAUGGUCAGCAUGCUAGCAGAGAGAGAGCGACUGCUGGACAGCCUGAGGGACACGCAGGAGACCCUGAGCACCGCCCAGCUCCGCCUGCGAGAACUCAGCCAUGAAAAAGAGUCACUGCAGAGACAGCUCUCCAUCGCCCUGCCUCAGGAGUUUGCUGUUCUGACUAAAGAGUUGAACACGUGCCGUGAGCAGCUGCUGGAGAGAGAGGAGGAGAUUGCAGAGCUGAAAGCUGAGCGGAAUAACACUCGCCUGCUGCUGGAGCACCUGGAGUGUUUGGUGUCCCGUCAUGAGCGUUCUCUGAGGAUGACGGUGGUGAAGAGACAGGCUCAGGCCCAGAGUGGAGUGUCCAGCGAGGUGGAGGUGCUGAAGGCCCUUAAAUCACUCUUCGAACACCACAAAGCCCUGGACGAGAAGGUGCGGGAGCGUCUGCGUGUGGCCUUGGAGAGAGUGGCAGUUUUGGAGGACCAACUAGCAGCAUCUGCUCAGGAGCGCCUGUCUAACGGCGCCGCCCUGCAGGACGAUGGAGAGAGAGAGAGACAGAGGGCUGAACUCGCUCAGCUGAAGGAGAGACUCGCCAUCAUGUGCCGCCAGGUGGGGGAGAUUGAGGAGCAGUUGGCCACUGCCAGGAGGGAACUAAUCAAAUCUGAAGAAGGAAAUCAGAAACUCCAGAGGGAAGUGAAAGAGGCUCUGUGUCAGAAGGAGGAUAUGGAGGAGAGGAUCACUACACUGGAGCGCAGGUACCUGAACGCUCAGCGAGAGGCCACAUCUCUACACGACGUUAAAGACAAACUGGAAAACGAGCUCGCCAGCAAAGAGUCCUUAUACAGACAGAGUGAGGAGAAGAACAAGCAGCUGCAGGAGCGUCUGGACGAAGCGAAGCAGAAGCUGCAGCAGAGAGCCGAAACACUGCCGGAGAUAGAAGCACAACUAGCUCAGAGAGUGGCUGCUCUCAAUAAAGCAGAGGAACGUCAUGGGAACUUUGAGGAAAGGCUGAGGCAGCUGGAGGCCCAGCUAGAGGAGAAGAACCAGGAGCUUCAGAGGGCGAGACAACGUGAGAAGAUGAAUGAUGAACAUAACAAACGUCUGUCAGACACAGUGGACCGGCUGCUGUGUGAGUCUAAUGAGAGGCUACAGCUUCACCUGAAGGAAAGAAUGUCUGCUCUAGAGGAGAAGAAUGCACUGUCUGAAGAACUAGCCAACAUGAGGAAGAUCCAGGAUGAUCUCCUGACUAACAAGGAUCAGCUGAUUGCGGAGCUGGAGCGUAUGCAGCUGGAGCUGGAUCAGCUGAAAGGCAGACCAAGCUCCUCUCAGUCGAGGGCCGGUAGUGCCUCCUCUCUCCCAUCCACUUUGUUCCGUCGUUCUCUGCAUGGAAGUGCAACUGAGCUCCCGUUUCUGCCAGCAGGGGGCUCCCUCCCCACACGCCGAACACGUGGGCGCAAGUAUGGAGGGUGGGAUGAAGGCUGCUCUGAUGAUGAGGAGGAUCGAGAGGCCAUGUUUGGUUCGGAGCUCAUAUCUCCUGGAGGACAGACGGACGUACAGACUCUCGCCAUCAUGCUUCAGGAACAACUGGAGGCCAUCAACAAGGAGAUCAAGCUGAUCCAGGAGGAGAGGGAGAGUGCUGAUAUGAGGGCAGAGGAGUUAGAGAGCAGGGUGAACAGUGUGGUUCUGGAUGAGGCCAUGCUCCCUCCAUCCUCUCUGGGUGGAGGUAGAGAGGGAAGUGGGCGGGGCUUCAUCCCACCAUCUCUCACUUCCUCCACAUUGGCUUCCCCCUCACCCCCCAGCUCCGGCCACACCACCCCCCACCUGCCCCCGUCCUCACCUGCCCGCGAGCCUGAUACACAGAAUGGGAAAGAGGACGAUAAAGCGCUUGCCCUCAUAGACUCCGCCCCCGCAUCUGUCCCUCGAGCUUUGCGAUUGGACAGAAUGACCCACACACAUCCUGGGGCGGGGCUGGAUGACCCACGGGAUUUCCGCAGUCUCUCUGUGGACUCGGCCGUGUGCAGCAGUACCGACUCCCUGCACAAGUCCAGUAAGAGGAAAAGCAUCAAAUCCUCCAUCGGCCGCCUGUUUGGGAAAAAAGAGAAGGGCCGAGGGGGCGGAGCUGCGCGAGACUCCGCCUCACUAGCAUCAACACCUUCUGAUGACCUCACAGCCGACCCACUCAGUCUCAAACUGGGGACACUGGAGAAGGAGCGCCGCAGCAAGAAGAAGCAUGACCUGCUGGAGGAGGCGUGUCGUCAGGGGCUUCCUUUUGCAUCAUGGGAUGGUCCCACAGUGGUCACAUGGCUGGAGCUGUGGGUGGGCAUGCCUGCGUGGUACGUGGCUGCAUGUCGCACUAAUGUAAAGAGCGGAGCGGUGAUGGCGAACCUGUCAGACACGGAGAUCCAGAGAGAGAUCGGUAUCAGUAACCCACUCCACCGCCUAAAGCUCCGGCUUGCCAUCCAGGAGAUGGUCUCCCUCACCAGCCCCUCAGCUCCUGCCAGCACACGCUCCUCUACCAGUAAUAUUUGGAUGACACAUGAGGAGAUGGAGUCUCUGGCUGCAGCCACAAAACCAGAGCAGAAGGAAAUAAGCUGGGAUCAGAUCCUGGCCUAUGGGGAUAUGAAUCAUGAGUGGCUGGGUAACGAAUGGUUGCCGAGCCUCGGCCUGCCUCAGUAUCGCAGUUACUUCAUGGAGUCUCUAGUGGACGCGCGUAUGCUGGACCAUCUCACAAAGAAGGAGUUGAGGGGGCAGUUGAAGAUGGUGGACAGCUUCCACAGGGUGAGUUUGCAUUACGGCAUUAUGUGUCUGAAGCGUUUAAACUAUGACAGAAAAGAGCUGGAGAGACGGAGGGAGGAGAGCCAAAAUGAAAAUCAAGACGUGAUGGUGUGGUCUAAUGAGCGAGUGAUGCUGUGGGUUCAGUCGAUCGGUUUGAAGGAGUACGCCGAUAAUCUGAGGGAAAGUGGAGUCCACGGCGCUUUGUUAGCGCUCGAUGACACCUUCGACUUCACCGAUUUAGCACUUUUACUCCAAAUCCCCAAUCAGAACACCCAGGCCCGGCAGCAGCUGGAGAAGGAGUUCAGUACUCUCAUCUCUAUGGCAACCGAGAGACGACUGGAUGAGGAGGGUGGUAAGACGUUUACACGCUCUCCUUCGUGGAGGAGAAUGUUCCGGGAGGCUUCAGAUUCCUCAGAAACUCUCCCAGCCAACAUCAGAGCGUCCGCCAUGGCCACUCCCCCGCUUACCCUCCGCAAAGUACAGAGUGAAGUGAGCCCGACAUGCCGAGGAGAGGCUGGGUCAGUGAGGACGUACUCCUGCUGAUCUAAAUCACCCACAAUGCAGUUCUCCCUUUAAAACCUGAAAGUGGGGAGUAGAUGGUGUGGAGCUCAACGAACAAGCAAGAUCAUAGAUGAAUUAACCUGUUUUGCCACAAAGUCUUUUUGUUCUCUCCAUACUGCAUCUAAGCCAAGUCUCAUUUACAGCCAUUCAAAGACUUGAAAACACAUCUGGUCUGGUGGAUUUAGACUUAACCAGAGUGGAUCUGCCUUGAAGUACCACAAACCAGGUACCAUCAAUCCUCAGUAGGACCACAAAGUCCAUUGUCCGUCUCUCAAAUCUAGCCUUGAACACAAACGGAGACUAAAAAGAAAUACUGGGUUGAACAAAAGUUGCACACUUAAUGGAGAAGACAGGAUUCAAAUGUCCCUCUUCGAGCCGUGUGAUUUGUACUUGGUGAUAUCUCUGGAUAUUUGGUGCGCUUUAAGAAAAUAAUUGACUUAUAUUUGAACCUCCCUAGUCCUCUCUACUUCCUGAAGGGUGGUUUGCUAACCCCAGUCCUAACCUCAGGGCUUAGGGCUACAUCAAGACUGACUGCAAACAUCUGGAACUGCAGAGUCAAAGCCAUACUCCUGACGAGCUGAAUGGAUUAAAAAAAACGGGAAGGAGAAAAGGAAAAAGAAGGGAUGAGAGCAAACAAGACAUGAGUAGGAGGCCUGUGGACAAGUGCUGUGUUACAAUAACCUUGUACAAACUGAAGCAGAAGUGUACCGUGUGUGUGUGUGUAUGUAUUUGUGUGUUUGCAUUUGUGUAUGCAGAACUGCCUGUCAAAUGGUAGGUCAUACCAUAAUCCUGGAUUGGGGCUGAACUCAAAGACUCCCGCUGAGUCACAGCCCUUGCCUGUUGGUAGGUACAUGAAUGUAAUAGUAAUUUUGUAUGUGAGUGCUAAGCAGCCUGUUACAUGUCGGUUUUCCCCAAUUGUUUACAUACUUAAACUGGAACUUAGGCACAAUUACCUGAAACUCAUGUUCCUGAACAAAAUGGCAACAUUUUUGAGAAAAGUACCUAUAGCACAGUCAAGCUUAAUACCAUCUGCAAAUGUGUAAUUUGUAGGUUUGUUAGGUUUGCAGUCAGGUUUUUAUGGAAGGUCAUAUAUGAGUAUUGUUUUGUGUGUAAAGCAGUGGAAGUAGACUUGGCAGGGAGGGAUGCAGGAGAAGAAGGUAGAUGAAAUUGUGGUGAAUUUAUUGGAAAACACACCUGAGUAGCAGCAGAGAUUUGGUUUUGAAUCUAUGGCCCAGGACCACCGAGAGUAAACAUGGCCACACAGUCUUCUAUGUGCUGGACCAUGUUGGAGAUUCAGUGUCUGGUUUCACAGGUGUGAGCCAAUAUGAACCUUUCAACCAGUUCUGGAACCUUUGAAGAACUAAAGCCUUCCAAAAUCUUUUGAGGAGCCAAAGUCUUUUGGAAAAUUGUGGAGCUAAAGUCUUCUGGAAUCUUUUGAGGAGCUAAUGCUGCAUUCAGGUACUCAUCAGAAGGUUCUAUAUACCAGAUAGGUAACUAGUAAAUACAACUAAACUCUGUUCAGGUGUAUGGAGGUCCAGAGAAUACUUGCUUUUCUGUGUUAAAAAGCAUACAAAUCACAUCAAAUGUUUUUCACAUUCACUGCAAGUUUAGUGGUUUCUUAGCAGUGUAUCAUCUACAAUCCCAAGUUUACCAGAUGUAAAUACGACUUUGUUGGUCAUUCAAGCUCAAAUUACAAGUGGGAAAAUUGGUACUUCCCAGUUUCCAACACCACUCGAGCGCAACUAGAAUCUUUUGAGGAGCUAAAGUCUUCUAGGAAACUUUUUAGUAGCAAAAGCCUUCCAGAGCCCUCUGAGGAGCUACAGCAGUGGAGGGCAACUUAGUGCUGGAUUCCUGCACACUUUGGUGACUUCCUUGCUGUAGUAAACCAACUAAGCCUGGUAAUUAACUGAGUUGAAUCUGGUCACCAUAUUGCACAGAAAUCUGGCCCUCCAGCACCAGAGUUCCUCACCCCUAAACUAAAGGGUUCCAAAACCUUCCUGAAUGAGAACUGCAUAGUUCCUGAACAUGUUCAAGUUUUCUGCCUUUACAUGCACUGCGGGGACUGUGACCAUUAUGUAAAAGAACAAACUGCGUGGCCGUUACUUUGUUUCAGCAUGUACCACAACAUGGCAAACACGGAGGAGGUUGACGCUUGGGUGUUCAUCGUUUUUGGCUGCUGUGGAGUUGAAUUGCUGAAUUCACAGUUAACAUAAAAUGUGAUUAAACUUUUUGGUAGAUUCUUUCAUCCCAUAUCAACAAUUCAAAAAAAUUUUGAAUGUCUUCAUCAGCAUAGAUGAAGCUUGUAUGACUUCGUCAGCCCACUUUUCCAUCAACCCCUAGUUGUCCGUUCUCAUUUGCUCUGGUGGCAUCCAUAACAACAGUUUGGUUGUGUGGGUUUUUGGAAAUGGUGGAGAAAAUGGCUCUGUGCUGCUUUUCUUUGACCUGUCAGGGAUGUUCAGCACGGCACUCUCCACUCCAGCACUUUCUUGUCCACAGACGUGUACCAGCUAUGCAGCAGAGAGCAAAAAUGUCCAGGAAUGAAAAGUACUGGUUCCAUCAGUGAAAACGUUCCUGAAAAGGUUCCUCUGGAGAAUACACAGCUGAAUUUUCUUAAGUUUCUGGUUUCUAAAAAGGUUUCUACAGUAGAAAAGUGCCUAAUGGGAAGUAGCAAUAGGCGUCCUACUUCCUGGUGGAAUUAAGUCUGUAAGAAUGAUGGUAAUACUGUAUAAUGAGAAUCUGGUCAUUGCAAAAUUUCCCAGGACUCAAUAUCAAAAAGGAAAGGGUGACAAAUGACUCAAAAAUAUUCUGUAGUGUUGGCGUAAAGUGAGACACAGGGGAGGCCAUGAUUUCCCCAUGUGAAGUGCUAUUUAUUAAACACCAGGACAGGAAGGCACAUAACAUGCAGCCGGUGACCUCCCCCCCCGGCAAACACACACAUAAAUAACACAAAUACAAACUUCAGACUAAUAAACAACGACAGUCACAACAAGAAGUCCCUUUUUAGGAGGGUGCGCAACUACCGUGAGCCUUCAUGCAUGGCCGCUCGCAUGGCCACACCUCCCGAGCAUCUCAGAGCCAGCACCAGCCAGUAGCAGGUCACUACAAAACAUUAACAGAUGAACAGACAAUAGAAGAGGCAGAUGAAAGACCUUUUCACAGUUUCUUCAAAAGAGCAAAUUUGCAUAUGUGCAGUAAAUGUGCUGUAUUUUUGCAUGUUUACCGUAUCGUUUGCUUACAGUAAGCCUUUUAAAUUCAUCAAGUAAAAUAAAAUGCACGUUUUGCAUUUGUGUUCUUUAGGCUGCACACUGGAACAGGGAUUUACUGGAGUGCUUUCAUUAUUAUGUGACAGUGUGAAGCUGUUUUUAUUAACAGGAUCUACAGUUGAUUGUAUUCAUGUCUUGGAGGCAUAAAUUACACGGCUAAUAAUUGUUUUAUAUUUAGAGUUUUGAGAACAUAAGAUGUAGUUUGUGUGAACAUGAGAUUCACGUGUGAACAAUUGGGGAGAACCUACUGAGGUUACUUUCAUUUUCAUUACUAGGACGGACAUUUGAUGUAGCGUGUGCAUAUUUUGAAAUUCACUACUCGAAUAAUAGUCUUCUCUGAUAUGUAUAGGUGAAAAAAUGGCAUUUAGUAGCUGUGAUGAAAAAGAUGGCAGUAAACUCCUGUAAGUUUUUUAUUUAUUUGAUUUUAUUAUUAUUUUUUUGGUGUUUCUAUUGUACAUUCAAGUUUUGUGUGUGUAGGUUUGCGUGUGGCAAAAGGACGAUUAAUUAGAUAUACCACAUUCUCAAAACAUUUAAUACGGUGUCCCAACCCGAAUAUCUUUUUCAGCUGAAUGCCUGGAACCCUUAAACAUGUAAGGAAUUUCAGUUAGUACAAACCCUGGUACAAUACUGUAUAUUUUGUAAUAAUGCAAAGGAAAUACUUAUUGUGCUUAAUAUAUGUAGUAUUGUGAGUCAGCAGAAACAAAGUAGCCUAUAUCAAGCUUGUCUUUGAAAUGUCAUUGUAAAAAAUAGAAAAAGAACAAAAACAAACAAAAAACUGUCUGUAUCUUGAAACUCUCACAAAUUCAAGCUCUGAUAAACAAGUAAAGACGUGAGAACAAGAGCCAAGAUGAGAUGAACUGAAA